ACCUUUUUCAGUUUCUUCUUUGUUUUCGACAAAUUAUAAAUAUGAAAUCGUGUGGGCACUGUGUAUGUCUAGAGCCAAACCCAUCCAAAAGCCACAUUUAUAUAUGAUCAGUAUAUGUUCAAAAAUCAUCGUUCUUUGAUGACCUGCUAAAAAACAUAAUUGCAAUACUCAUCAGGUGUAUCCGAUAGCUCGAAAUGGCGCGGCAGGAGAUCGUCAUAAAGCUGUGUCCACUGCACUGUGAUAAGUGCAGGGCCAAAGCUAUGCAGAUAGCUGCCACAGCCAAUGGUACGGUGAUUUCGAUGAAGAUACAAGGGACAGACAGGGACCAACUCGUGGUGGUCGGGGAAGGAAUCGAUUCAGCAAAUCUGACUCAAUCCCUGAGAAAAAAGUUCCGGUAUGCUGACCUACUGAGCGUUCGAUCAAUGACAUCAUGAUCUCUGGAAUGAUCAAACAGCUGCAGCAGCCAAUAUGAAUCUUACUAUUAUAACACGUAUCCUUCAAUCGGCAAUUAUCAACGAUGACAUCAUGUGAGAGAUCAAUUGUUAAUGUAAAAUAAACUCGUGCAUGAAAUGCUUUUGCCAAUGUAAUCCGCAUGGUUGUUUUAGUUUACUUUCUGCGUCGUAA